UCGUUUGUUGAGUGCUCUUCCAUCAAAAAAGAUGAUACCAGCGUUCCUAUCUUUUAGUCUCAAUGUAGUUCUAAUAUUCGUAACAGUAUCCCUAUUUCUGUACAAUUAUGCGAUACGAAAUAAUGAUCAUUGGAAGAAAAAGGGGGUGCCGUACGUUAAACCGACCCCAAUAAUAGGAAACUUCUGGGACGUGCUAACCUUUCGCAUAUCGAUUGGAGGCCUCCUAACUAAGUAUUACAAUCAGUUCAAAGAGCCUUACUUUGGAAUGUUCAUUUUGGAUAAGCCGCAUUUAAUAGUCAAAGGUCCAGAACUGAUACGAUCAAUAUUGAUUAAGGAUUUUAACUACUUUUACGAUAGAACCGUACUAUCGGAUGAAAAAUGCGAUUCGCUAUCGUCUAGUAUGUUAUUUUUCACGAAGAACCCCGAAUGGAAGUACAUUCGCAAUAAAAUGACACCGGCGUUCACUUCAGGAAAAAUAAAGAGCAUGUUUCAUCUGAUACAUGAAGCGGCUGAAUCGCUUAACAAGUAUAUACGGAGAAAUAUCGAUCGACCUUCAAUCGAGUGCAAGGAGGUGUGCGCCAAAUACUCAACGGAUGUCAUCACCAGCUGUGCUUUUGGCCUUGAAGGAGAUUCGUUCAACAAUGAAGACGCUCCAUUUAGAAAAGUUGGCAGGCAGAUGUUUGAUUUUAAGUUGUCAACGGCAAUUCGGCAGACAUCAUACUUUCUAACACCUGCUCUUGUAAAGCUAUUUCGUAUGCCAUUUCUUGACCGUGCCACUACAGAUUUUCUGCGGAGCGUGUUUUGGCGCACCAUUGAAGACAGAGAAGUUGGAACUUACAAAAGGAAUGAUCUUAUAGACAUUGUCAGAGAGCUGAAAAAGUCAUCGGGGGAGUUUAAACUGGAGGGUGAUAAGGUUGUGGCCCAAGCAGCUCAGUUCUUUGCUGCCGGUUUUGAAACUGUAAGUGCCACGAUGUCUUUCACGCUGUACGAGCUGUGCCUCAACCACGAAAUUCAGAACAAACUACGUGAAGAAAUCCAGUCGACCAUGAUGCAAUAUGAAACUAUGUCCUACGAAGCGAUUCAGAGUAUGAAAUACUUGCAUAUGGUAGUGUGUGAGACCCUGCGAAAAUACCCCGUCCUACCAUUCCUUGAUAGGAUGACUAUGAGCGACUACAAAAUCCCAAACAGUAAGACAAUAAUUGAGAAGGGCACCCCAGUCUAUAUUCCACUCUUCGCCUUGCACUGCGACCCGGAAUACUUCCCCAAUCCCGACUUGUUCGAUCCGGAGAGGUUUUCGAGCGAAAAUAAAAGCAAAUUACAGAACUUCGUCUACAUACCAUUCGGAGAUGGCCCGAGAAAUUGUAUUGGUGAACGGUUUGGAUUAAUUACAACAAAAAUGGGACUCGUUCAGCUACUUUCCGAAUUUCAAGUGGAACGAAGCUCAGAUACGCCGGUCCCAAUUAAGUUUGAAACAAAGACUUUCCUACUGGCCUCUGAUAUUGGACUGCCGAUGAAGUUUAGAAAAAUUGAAACGCAUUGAUCACGUUGCGUGUAGGUACAUGAAUUAUGCUUGUAAUGUUUUCUCUGAUUAUGUUCUAAUAAUAAUUAUGAUUGCAAUGGGUUUUAGUGGUCCAAUGAAAAUUCUCGCUAAAUAUAAGUUGUGUGUUACAACAAAACCAAAACAAGGAAAUAAAUUGGGUUUUAGAAUACAUUCAAAAUUGUGUUCCCAAUUAAAUUUAGGAGAAGGUAUAGUGA